AUGGAGGAGGCCGCAUGCGCUGCCAUUGCGCCGCAGCUCAAAGCAGGAGAGACUUCUGUGGGAACAGCCAUCAACAUUUCCCACCUCAGUCCUACCCCACUGGGGGCGACGGUGACAGCGACGGCAACAGUGGAGGAAGCGACCGAGAGGAAGUUCUCCUUCAAGGUGACAGCCACUGACAGUUGCGGGGACAAGAUCGGCGAAGGGACUCAUACCAGAGCCAUUGUCAAAGUGGACAAGUUUAUGCAGAAGGUGAUGGAGAAGCUCCAAGUGAAGCCCAACGACUCUCCCAGCUUGUGA